CUGAAGUUGGUGCAACAACAAAUGCAACCAGAAGACAAAAUAUGGCAAUAACUGCAGCACGAGGUAGUUGGGCAAUCGAAGAUUGGGAAACAAUGGAUUAUUACGUUAAACAGAUUAAUGAAAAUAAUCAAGAUGGAUCCUUCCUUCGAGCCGUGCUGGCCAUUCGAAAUGAGCAGUAUCAUGAUGCAAUGGCUUAUAUUGAAAAGGUGCGCGACAUGUGUGACACAGAAUUGACAGCGAUGGCAUCAGAGAGUUAUGAAAGAGCUUAUGGUGCAAUGACUCUUGUACAACAGUUGACCGAACUUGAAGAAGCCAUCGAAUACAAAAUGUGGCCUGAUCGAAGGAUUCGAAUUGCCGUUGUUUGGAGUCGACGUUUGCAAGGAUGCCGACCAAAUAUUGAACAAUGGCAGAGACUGCUACUAGUAAAAUCAUUAGUGCUUUCACGGAACGAGAUGCGCCCAUUAUGGAUCAAAUUUUCAUCACUUUGCCGACAGUAUGGAAAGUUGUCAAUGUCACAUCGAAUUUUGGCAGAUUUAUUAGGAAUAAAACGAAAUGAGAAACUACAUGAAAUAAAAAAUUUACCGAUGGAUAAACCUUCAUUGGUGCUAGCGGUUUGUAAGCAAUAUUGGGCAGAAAAUCUGACUGAAUUAGCUUGCAAUACAUUGGAACGACUGACCAGUCAAUUUGAAGCCAAAAAGACUGAAAUCAAAAAAAAUUCGGAGAUGUGUCGAUUAAUGGCAAAAUGUUGUUUAAAACUAGGUGACUGGUAUGAUACUCUACCGGAAUCAACCAAAGAUGUGCAGGCCGUGAGUGUCAAUGUACAGCAAUUAUCACUUGCUAACAUCGCUCAACAAUCACCGGAUAGUUCAUCCAUUAUGAGCAAUGUACCACCAUUAUUGUUAACCGAUGAACGUGCCCAAAUCUGUCCAUCACCAGUAUUUUCACCAAGUUCAUACAUGGUGCAGUCGUUACAGCCUAGUCCAUCACAACAGACUUUAACACAAACAAUGAAAUUCUAUGAAAAUGCUACAGCUUAUGAUCCAACUUGGUAUAAAGCAUGGCACAAACUUGCAUCUGCUUACUUUAACGCUGCCAUGUAUCAGACACAAAAUUCGUUUUCACCAGCACCACCACCACCGCCUUUUAUCGGUGCGAUGCCAAGUUUUCCUAGCUAUGGCCCCUUCGGAAGCAUUAUGGAUCGAGAAACUUCAUCAGAUAUUCUUUUGCCAGAAUUGCAUCCACCGCCGUCACCUUCUUCUUCAGUGAUUGUAAAUCCACCUUCUCCGGCACCUAAUCAGGCGAUGAUCUUUCUUGCAAAACAAGCUGUUUCAAGUUUUAUUAAAGCUAUCACUUUGGCCGAAGGAUCACGACUGGAAGAUACAUUGCGAUUUUUAACAUUAUGGUUUAAACAUGGUGAUCAAGUGGAAGUUUUCGAAACUAUCCAAGAAUCACUGAAAUUGCUGCCUGUUGAAAUGUGGCUCGAGGUUAUCCCACAACUGAUGGCACGUCUAGAUUCGAAACAAAAUGUUGCUCAGUUGAUCAAGCAAGUUGUCAUCGAUUUGUCAAAAGUUCAUCCGCAGUCUUUGGUUUAUGCCCUUACAGUAGCUGCAAAAUCGGCAAACUCCCUACGCUCAACAGUUGCAACAGAAAUAUUGACAAUCAUGAGUGAUAGUCAACCAACACUUGUUGAGCAGGCAAAGCUUGUCAGUGAUGAACUGAUUCGUUGCGCCAUACUUUGGCAUGAACAGUGGCAUGAAGCACUGGACGAUGCGUCAAGGCUUUAUUUUCAGGACAAAAAUGUAAAAGCAAUGUUCGAAUUGUUAGAUCCAUUGCACGAUAUGAUUGAUCGUGGUGCGACUACUUUGAAGGAACAGUCUUUCAAACAAGUAAUUACUAUUUCUGAACAAAAUCAAAUUUUCGCAAAAAGUAAAAAUAAUGGAGCAUUAGAGAGCGUUAUAGGACUAAGUCCUGAAGAAGACGAAAAGAUAUUCCAUAGCGGUAAUUCUAGAAUGACAUAUGAAAAUGAACUGAAAGAGGCUUGGAAUGCUUGUCGUUGCUAUUUACGUUCACAGAAUGCCAAAGAACUCAAUCAGGCAUGGGAUCUGUACUAUAUGGUAUUUAGGAAGAUCUCAACUCAACUUCGUCAAUUGACAUCGCUGGAUUUGAAUUAUGUUUCGCCCAGGCUGGUAAAAGCUAGAGAUUUGGAGUUAGCAGUUCCUGGAACAUAUGAUCCAAGUGCUCCUCUGGUUACUAUAUCCUCAAUAAACAAUACUUUGCAAGUGAUUAAUUCAAAACAACGGCCGAGAAAGGUAGUUAUGAAAGGAAGUGAUGGAAAGGAUUAUAUAUUUCUCCUGAAGGGCCAUGAAGAUCCUCGGCAAGACGAAAGAGUAAUGCAGCUGUUUGGUUUGGUCAAUACUCUACUCUUGCACCAAGGUGAUACAUCUCGCAGAAAUCUGACCAUCCAGCGCUAUUCAAUUAUUGCCUUGAAUCAAAAUAGCGGUUUGAUUGGCUGGGUUCCAAACUGUGAUACUUUGCAUUCGCUUAUUCGUGAUUAUCGAGAAAAGAAGGGAAUUUUAUUAUCGAUGGAGCACAAAAUUAUGCAAAAUUUCGCUCAUGAUUUAGAUCAAAUGACAUUGUUGCAGAAAGUAUUCCAACACGCACUUGAAAUGACGAGCGGAAAUGAUUUACAACAAAUUUUAUGGCUUAAAUCUCCAAAUUCGGAAAUUUGGUUUGAUCGACGUACCAAUUACACUCGUUCAAUGGCAUGUAUGUCAAUGGUUGGCUACAUUUUAGGACUUGGAGACCGACAUCCGUCAAAUCUGAUGCUCGAUCGUGUUAGCGGCAAAAUUGUUCACAUUGAUUUCGGAGACUGCUUUGAAGUCGCAAUGACCAGAGAAAAAUUUCCAGAAAAAAUUCCAUUCCGACUAACAAGAAUGCUUAUUCAGGCUAUGGAAGCCACAGGAAUUGAAGGUAAUUAUCGAAUAACUUGUGAGCGUGUUUUGCGAGUGCUUCGUUCAAAUAAGGAAAGUCUUCUCGCGGUGCUUGAGGCAUUUGUUUAUGAUCCUCUUAUCAACUGGAGGUUAAUGGAAGCUGGUGGAAAACGGCCGCCACCCGAAACGUUGCAAAAGGACGGUCAGACUGAUUCAAAAGCUGAAUCAUCACUAAAGCGCAUCAAGCAGAAAUUAUCAGGUCGUGACUUUAAUCCAAGUGUGGAAUUCAGUGUGCCGGAACAGGUUGGUCGACUCAUUGAUCAAGCGAUCUUAGCAGAAAAUUUGUGUCAGUGCUAUAUUGGUUGGUGUCCAUUUUGGUAA